AUGAAGAAAAUGUUGAAAUUGGUGAAAGGGGGGAAAAAAGAGGAUAAAAGUGGCUCUGGCACGCCUUCAGGCGAUGAACUAGAAGACGAUCCUGACAGUACAAUAUUCUGCUAUAAAAUUGACUCUGAAGCCGAAGACAAAAUGAGUCGAUUACACAGGGCUUCGUGGCAUGGCAGCCUAGAAAAAGUCAAGACAUUGUUGCAAAAGAAACCGAUGGACGUGAACACCGUGGACAGCUUUGACAGAACGCCAUUACACUUGGCAAUGGCCAAAGGUUACUAUAACAUUGCUUGGGUGCUGUUGAAUCACAAUGCUAGCUUAGAUUAUGUUGAUUGCGAUGGGUACACACCGUUCUUGAAGGCUGUAGAAUGCGGCCAAAAAGAAUGUGUUCAUUUAAUGUUGGAGAGAGGGGCAGAUGUAACACGCACAGACACAAAUAAAAAUUCUGCUUUACACUUAGCUGCAAAACAGGGCUCAUUCACUAUAAUAUCUAUGUUACUUAAAAAAGGAAUUAAUAUAAAUGCACAAAAUGCUGCAGGUGAAUCCGUUUUACAUGUUGCAUGUGCUGCUGAAAAUCGUGAUCUAAUAGAGUUUAUAUUAGAUAACGGGUCACUAAUAAACAUAGCGGAUAAACAAGGACGUACACCAUUAAUGGUGGUAGCGAAACUUGGAAAUAUGUCUAUUGUAGACCUGUUAUUGGACCGAGGAAGUCAACUUGAUGCUUGUGAUAUAAAUGGUUUAUCUGUGAAAGAUUAUGCUGCUAAAGCAGGUCAUUCGAAAGUAGUGAAUCAACUAUCUAUGCAAAAACUGAGUGUAAUGGCCCGAACUAGAUCUAAAGAAAAUGUUUUAGAUGAUUUGGACCAGAAUGAUGGUGCUCAGUUACAAGAAAAUAAUGAUAAAUCAAAAAAUCAAAAAAAUGUUGAUGCUCAAAUUAUAGUAAAUAAAAAAGAAAACAAAAUAGCAAAAUCAAAUGUCGAAGAUAAUCAAAAUGAAAAAGAAUAUGUGGCUAUAAAUUCUAUAGUUGCAAAUGAUAACGAUUUAAAAAUUAAAAAAAUCGAGGCCGAAAAUGUAGAAAAUAAAAAGGAAAAUCUGACUUUAAACUGCAAAGUUAAUCAUCCUGACGAGUUAAAAACAAACAAAUUAGAUAGUGAAAAUAAUCCGAGUGAAAACGAAAUUAUAACUUUGAACUCUUUGGAUAAUGAACAUGAAAUAGAUAAUAGCUCAAUAGAAACAGAAAAAGAAGUAAAAUCACUUAUUGAGAAAAAUAAAUUAACUAUUGAAACCAAAAAUGCAUCUAUAGUAAAUGUUUUACCAAUCAAAGAUGAAGAAUCAGUAUCUCAAUGCACAAUGCCUCCACCAUUAGAUCCACCUAGAAGUUGGGAUUUUAUACAGACAAGCAUAAUACACACUACAGAUAUUAAUGAAAAAGCUGAAAAAGAAACUCAGGAAAGUAUUGAGCAAAUUCCUGAUCCAAUUAUAUGUGCAGUAAACACAGAUGAUUCAGAAUUGGAAUGGGGAAGUGAUGAAAGCCUUCCAACAGAUCCUAAUCAAUCCUGUCCGGCUGUGGACGAUAAGAAAGAAGAAAAUAAAAAAACGAAUACAUUUUAUAAUUUUAUAACUUCAAAGUUAAUGAACAAAACAAAAAAUAGAGUUUCUGCAUCUGCAGACAAUAUCAUUGAUGAUACUACUACUAAAAAACAUGUGAGGAAUAAGUCUUUCACUUCACUCAGGACUUUUAAACUCACUGUUCCAUCAGAUGUAAACAAAGCUUUAUAUCAGCUUAGUCCAGAGAUGAACUUUGCACAUUCUUCAUUCAGUAAAAGCAAAUCUUUUAAUGAACAUAUACCCAAUGAAAAUGUUGAAAAAAAUUCUUUAGAAUUUGAACGUUCUAAAUCAUUGUGUUUGGAAUUAAAACAUAACUAUGAUAUAACCGAGAAUCAGCAGAGAGAUUCAGAUAGCCAAAGUGAUGAUAGUUUACGAUCAAAAAGAAGCCUUUUGUUAUCCAUGCGAAUGCCUAAAGUUCACGAUGAACAUCAUGAUGACUAUCAUUUAGAUAUCAAGGACAGUGAAACAUCUGAAGACGAGGGUCCACAUUAUUGGUACAGUCCAAAUAAAAAAAAUGAUAAAAUAGUGCAACAAGACACUGUUAUACGGAAUUACAGUGAAUCUGAUAGCGAAUCUGAAGAAAUUGGUUUACCAAAAUCUAAGUCAACUCCUGAAGGAAUUUCUAAAGAACAUAAUACAUCAGAUAAUUCCGAUUCAGAAAAUACAAUAUCAUUUUCAACUAGCCAUGAAGAUAUUUAUGGAACACAUAAACGCACUAGAUAUGCUUUAAAAAGAACUGAAUCUCUUAAAGCGUAUCUGAAGAGAGUAACUAUUGAUAAAGACAGAUUACAACAAGAAUCAUCUGGUUAUAGAGAAAUAACAGAGCUGUUAAAAUACAAGUUGGAAAAUCUUAAACAAGAUAUUUCCAGUAAAAAUGAAACAACUAAGAGACUCGAAGAACAAUUAGAUCAAUUAGAUGCUAAAUACACAGAAACUUUAAACAGGAUUCAAACACUUGAACUGUCUUCAACAAAUUUAGAUAAAGAAAACCAAUAUCUCAAAAAAAUAAAUAAAGAGAUGAUGGAUAAAAUCAACAAUGAAUAUACUUCUAACAGUGCACAAAACUCUGUAGAAAUAAUAACUCAACUUGAAUCCGGCAAUCUUAUUGAUGAAACUGAGGAUAUGUGUACAAUGGAUAGCAAGGCUUUUAUAAAACAGCUACAAGAACAAUUAAAACUGGAACAGGAUAGACGGAUAGAACUUGAUGAACGUGUUAGACUUUUAUCCGUAGAAGUUAGUGCACAUCAGUCAUGUAAUUCAACCGUGGAAUUGCUGAGAGAAUUACAAUUAAAAAUUACCAAAGAUUAUGUACCCAAAAAAGAAGUAUUGAAACUUAAAACAGAACAAGAAAGAAAAAUCAGUAAAGUGAAAAUGGAAGCUGAAAAAAAAUUAGCUGACAAAUUUUGUGACCUUGAUAAAUUAUUAUCUCAACAAAUGGAUCAACAAGGAAAAUUAGAAAUGCAAAGAGAAAAAAUUGAAAGUCAACUUAAGCAGGAAUUUGAGAAUACAAGACAAAGAUUUCAACUAGAAAUUGCAAAACUUCAAACAACACUAAAGACCAAAGAAAUGGAGGAACAAAUAUUAAGGGAACGGUGUGAGAUUCUUUCGCAAGAAAUUGAAAAAACUCAAGAUAAUAAAUGGAAAACAUUGGUGGACAAAACUUAUGGAAUAAAUGAUUUACUAAAAAGUUCACCUGAUAUGUUGUCAAUGCGUUGUAAAACUCCAGAGCCAAGUCCCACAUUUGAAAGACAAGAAUUAGGAGACAUUUCUAGAUAUCAAUACAAUGUCCAAACACUUCGAAAUGAACUGGAUAAAGUCAUUACACAAAACAAAAAUGCUGCUCUAGAAGAUGACACACUGUUUGAUGAAUAA